AAAUUGAUCUGGUGCCGAAUUUCUUCGAUCGUUGUAGUCGUUUUAGAGUGCCGACGUGCCGAUAUUGACACAAACGCGAUGGUAAAAGUAAUUAGAUCGAUGCAUGAAUAUAAUAACACUUUGUGACUUUAAUUUACCGUGUAACAUAUGAACGUUCAAAAUGUUCGAAAGUAUAAAUAAGGAGUUACUACCAAUAAAAGCACAUUAUUUUUUAUUUAAUGCUGCUACUGGACCGAUAGUGCCAUUUUUACCGACAAUUGCAAAACAAUUAGGUUUUUCUGGAUUUUUAGUGGGCACUAUAUACACAAUACUACCAAUAACAGGUUUAGUAGCAAAACCCUUGUUCGGUGGUCUAGCCGACAAGUUUAACAUUCACAAAACAUUAUUUUUAAUAUUUCAAGCGGUAGUUGCUAUAUCUAUGUUCACGAUACAUUUUAUACCUGAAAUAAACAGUAGUGCAAAUGUUACUUUUACUUGUCACGAUGAUGCAUAUUUAGAAGUGUGUUCUAAAAAUGGAUUUUCUAAUAGCGUUAUACACAAUGUGAUAACAGAAUCCUUACAUUUAAAUAUAUCUUGCGAGAUGUCCUGCAAAGGCACAAAGGAGGUGUACACAGAAAUGUGUUCAAACUGGGAAGCAUCUCAAUUUUGUAAUUUGGCGCAUUCAAAUUUGACAAAGGAUUCGGAUACAUUUGAUUUCACUUUAGGGUUCGAUGUGUUUCACGAUGACAAUUUUGAAAAGUGUAUAUACAUUAAGAUUCUUACGGCGACAUUCACAGAUAAUACUAUAUCUAAACCAUUUUGUAAAAAUCAUGUUGAAACAACAUGUAUAGCUACGUGUAAAAAUAAUCAAAUUUUUAAUCAGCUGUUGAAGGAAGUUGAAGUUUCUCAGACGAAUGUUACAGAAAGUUCAAUGUAUCAGUUUAAUUUUUUUUUGUCCACGACUAUAAUAAGUUGGAUUGGAAUGGCAGUUGUAGUCAGCAUAGCGGAUACUAUAUGUUUCAAUCUUCUCGGAAAUGAGAGAAGGAACGAUUAUGGAAAACAAAAAAUGUGGGGCUGUAUUGGUUUUGGUAUUUUUGGACUAAGCGCAGGAUAUUUGGUAGAUACUUUAAGCAAAGGACAAGUCCAUAAGGAUUACACUUCUGUAUUUUAUAUUAUGCUGGUCAUUAUGAUAUUUAAUAUUAUAGUAUCAACAACUUUAAAGAUGAAAACCCCAGAAUGCACAGAGGACCAGCCAUCGAUAUUAUGGGAGCUACUUAAUGUUUGUAAGGAAGGAAAUAUGUUGGUAUUUGGAUGGUGGUGCAUAGGUGCUGGAAUGUGUACUGGAGUAAUAUGGAAUUUCCUAUUUUGGUACACCGAAGACUUGGCAACCAGUUCUCAAAUAGCAUGGCUCAAAACCUUGCAAGGCCUUUUGACUGGUAUACAAUGUUUUUUAGGAGAAUUAUUUUUUAAUUUCAUUUCAGGAACAGUAUUACAAAAACUAGGCCAUAUAAAUGUUAUGAGCUUGGUUUUAUUGGUCUAUGCAAUCAGGUUCAUGGCAUACAGCAUAGUAUCAAACCCGUGGUGGUUUUUAAUUAUUGAAAUACUUCAUGGACCAUCAUUAGGUCUCUGUUGGCCUACUAUGGUAUCGUAUGGGGAUAAAGUAACACCACCUGGUACCAAGGCCACUGUACAAGGAUUCAUUGGUGCUAUAUUUGAAGGAAUCGGAACAUCAAGCGGCAGCUUAAUAUGUGGAUGGUUAAUGGACUCGUAUGGCGGUGUUGUAGCAUUCAGAGUGUUUUCAGUAGGAGCAUUAGUGUGGUUAACUUGCUUUUGGCUUAUUCAACUAUUAUUGCGAAAAGUGAAACCGUCGCCGAUGCAUAUGGGUCACAAUCGAGCGAAAUGCAUAGGAGCAGAAAACAAAGACGACGAUUGAUGAUGAUAAGAAGCCAAUCGGCCAAAUACUUCAAAAAUUUCUGAAAGGUUUGGAAAGGGCUUCGGACAAACGAUCCAACAGAUGCCUAUCGUGUGGGUCUCGAACACUGGCUAAUACCUCAACAGCCCUCAAAGAAUUUGUAGACAGAUAAUAGUCAAAGAGGCCGUUUA